UUCUGUCAUCCCAGAAUGUACCAUCUGAUGCGUGUCCCACUCUCCUCCCCAUUCGCACUGGAGCAGUCUAGCCCACCCCGUCUUAAACGGGCUCCGUGGUUCAGUCCAGACCAGAACAUCAUGGCGAUAGAUGGUGGAGAGCGGAAUUGUGGAGUACAUGAGCUUAUCUGCAUCAGAAAAGUGUCUCCUGAGGCUCUGGGGUUCCUGUCUGGCAUUGGUGUGUUCAUCUUUCUUGUGAUUGUACUCUUUCUUUACCUCAAUAACAAACUAUCCAUUGAGAGUGCCAACCAACUGUCCAGCCUUGACCAGUACAGAAAGAGCACAGAGCCAGCAGAUAAGAGUUAUGUGAAUGCAGACUGUCACUGCUCAUCGUCAGAUAGUGAUGAUGAGGUGAUUGGCCAGUACCAGGAGGCCGUGUCUCGAUCGCAGGGUCUCCAGGGUGGUUCAGCGGGGACUAACUCAUGCCACCAGAAGGGCUAUGGCUGGGACACACGGCAGAAAUACUGCCCUCUUGCAGCUGAAUAUGAUGGUUACAGCAGCGAGGCCUCAGCAGAUGAUGUAAACUGCAUCCAGCGGAUGAGACGGACUCCACCAUUGGAUGAGCUGCAACCUCCACCCUAUCAGGAUGAGGAUGGGUCACCACGUAUGUCGCGCACACCCUCUGACCAGGGCGAUGCCAAAUGUGACCUUUCCCAUGGGAGUGAGAGCCCCAGACACAGCUACGGAAAAUGUCCAAGUGAGGUCAGCGGAGCGCAGGAAACAGAGAGUUUCCUUAACAAGGGCUAUGAAGAAGAUGUACCCAGUGACAGUACUGCUGUACUCAGCCCAGAGAAUCUGUCUGCGCGUGGAUCGGCGGCUCAGCUUCCCAAAGGUUAUGACCCUGAGCCUCUCGCUCAAUAUGGAGCUCUCGACGUCAUCUUCGACUAUGAUUCGUCUGACCAGCGUCUGUCUGUCACGAUAACAGCUCUGACGGACAUUCAUUCUCUCAAACGGACGGGUAACAUCUCCUGGCAGGUGCAUCUGGUGCUGCUGCCCACCAAAAAACAGAGGGCGAAAACCAUCACCCAGCGUGGCCCCUGCCCUGUCUUUACAGAGACAUUUCACUUCAGCCAUAUCGAGACGGAGAUGAUCGGGAACUACGCCGUCCGGUUCCGCUUGUACAGCAUCCGCAGGAUGAAGAAGGAGAAAGCUCUCGGGGAGAAGGUGUUCUACCUCACCAAACUCAACCUGCAAGGCAAGAUGUCAGUCCCCAUCAUAUUGGACCCCUGCUGCAACAUACCUGGCAGUGACUCUCAGGCAAGCAUGUCAGACGUAUCGUGCAGCGAGACAGCCUCGUCGUUCCCGUCUGCUGGUCAGGGGUCGGCUCCAGAGAUCCUGCUGGGGCUUGUGUACAACGCCACUACGGGACGUCUCUCUGUGGAGGUCAUCAAAGGAAGCCACUUUAAAAAUCUGGCAGCAAAUAAACCUCCCAAUGGUUUGUUCUGUUGUCUAAAGCACUUGAUAGGUGGGCAGGUGUACAUAAUCCGAGACACUUAUGUAAAGCUGACUCUACUGAACUCAAUGGGUCAAGAGAUGUCGACGUGUAAGACAUCCAUUUGCCGAGGCCAACCCAACCCCACCUACAAGGAGACCUUCGUGUUCCAAGUCGCUCUGUUCCAGCUCUCCGACGUCACACUCAUCCUGUCGGUCUACAACAAGCGCAGCAUGAAACGGAAGGAGAUGAUUGGCUGGAUCUCUCUGGGCCUGAACAGCUCUGGGGAGGAGGAGCUGACACACUGGACACAGAUGAAGGAAUCGAAGGGACAACAGGUGUGUUGAUGGCACAGUCUUUUGGAGUCAUAGAACGUCAACAAGUGAUGGCAAUGAUGUGUGUAAUGCCGUGGGGGGCAGAGAGCAGGUCAGGCCCUCGAACAGGCCCAAGAUGACAGAGCUGGCCCUCACUGCAGUGCAUUAUGAGAAACACGGAUGUAAUCUGUUAUGAAUCAUGAGACCAUUAUGAAACCAUUUUUGAAUAGUUUCUAACAUGGUGAAAUGAAGGCUGCAUUUAGUUAACAGUUUGUAAUAUGGGUGUGUAUUUGCCAUACUUUUACAACAGGCUGUUCCCUGUUUUAUAAUGAAUUCAUGUGAUCUUACAAUCCUGAAUGUUCAAGUUUAGUACCUGAGACCUACUGCACAGUACUGCAACAGUAGAGAUGCAGAAUGCCAGUGUUCUGGAUGAAUGUCCUGUAGUGGACCAGUGAUGAAACUGUGAGGAUGUUUAGAGUAUGUGAUGGCAAGGAGGCUUCUCAGCGCUUUUGCUCUGUCUUUACAAGUGUCCAGAUCUCUGUGCAGUCGAUCAAUCUGUGAACCUGUCUUGAACUAGUUUCUUUCCUUUCCUGAGCGAUGGUCAUACUCACUCAGUGAUUGUUACGUACUGUAAAUGGCACAUAGAUUUUGCUGAUCUAUUUUUGUAUCUAUAUAUCUGAGAAAAUGGAUUCACUUUCUUGGUAAAUGUAUGAAGCUCUGUGAGCAGUAUGGAGUUGUAGACUUUGUUCUACUUUCACAGUUCAGUUGAUUUUUGUUCCCUUUGGUUAAAAGAAUGGUUUUAUUAUUGAAUGUGUCACACAUUCAGUGUGCUGUUUCAAAAUAUGGCAAGAUAAAUGUUCAAAAGCAAACAAAAAAGACCUUCACCACCUCGUCCCUGUUACAGUCUUGCAAGUCGAUAGAAUGUGAGAGAAAAGGUGAGAGUAUGUUACAUACUGCUAUGUGUAUUCUUAGCUCUGCUGAUGUCGUCAUUUCAGGUGAUGAUGUUUGAAAAAGAGAGAGAAGAAGAAAGAAAAAAGUCAGGUAUGGCAAGUAGCUGGACUCUGAGCUGGUAUGUUUUUACUAGAAUUAUGCACAUGUUUAGGGCACAUAAUUACAGUCAUGAAACACAUCUUGUGAAAGAGUAUCAGACUGUGACAGUCCUCGGAGAUUCACAACUGGACAAUAUCUCCCUUGCUGACCAUGUCCCACGAAACGCACAGGUGGGACGAGCUUUCCCUCUCAUGCUGGGACUGGGAGAUGUUUUCAGUUUCUUCAUGGCAAACUGAGUAAAUAAUCUCAAUUUUAUUUUACCAUUCCGUCGACUUUUAAGCCUGAGAAGAUGCCACAGCUAUCAAAAUUAAAGUGACUCAAUACAGCACAACGUUGAAAUGUAGGAUGUUUAAAUGCAUUAUGACUGGAAAACAGCUGUCACAUGAGGCAACAGGCUUGACGCACUGUUGCCUCAUGCAGAUAUGGCUUCCAAAUAAUUUUCCCACUAUAAAUGAGAAUCUCAUUGUAGCUACAGUCAAUCAGUUAAAUAGGUUGGUUAUAUGGCACUGCCAGCCUGCAGUUCCUCAGACUCAACCCUCCCAGUAGCUUCUGACCAGUCCAUCUUUAAAGGUAUAGUGCACCUUAGAUAUAACAUUUUGUUGUCGUUUACUCACCCUCAUAUUGUUUUAACCCUGUAUUAUUUAAUGAAACACAAACUGAGAUGUUAGGCAGAAUGUCCAAGCUGCACUUUUCUACAUAAUGAAAGUGAAUUGUACUUCCGGCUCUGAGAAACUAUACGAUAACUCGUGUGGAACAGACCAAAAUUCAUAGUUCACUGAUAAACAUCCCUUCUGUCUGAGCUCAUUUUGUCUGAAAGUGCAAUUUUUUACAAUGAAUACAAGCACAAAUAACAUUUAAGUGUUCUGAUUGAGAGGGAAGAUUAUUAGUGAAUACUGGCUUAAAUCAUACACUCCUAUUAAAAGGGUUUGCAUCAGUAAUUUUUGUUUUUGUUUGUUUGUUUUGUCUUUUUGGAAGAAGUUUCUUAUGCUCACCAAGGCUCCAAGUAUUUGACCAUUUAAAAUGAAGUUUUUCUAUUUAAAUAUUUUUUA